AUGACUCAAAUGCUGCGAGAGAAUGUGAAAAAGAACGGAGAAAUGAACCUCCCUUAUCUGAGUAAAAGUGAGGAUCUGCUGAGACAGACGGAAUCGGAGCGGGAGACGAUUGUCUGGGAAUGGAAAGAGCUGCAAAGGUUUCUCCGAGACCAAGAGGAGCUCCUGCUGAGGCAGUUGGAAGAGCUGGAGAAGGACAUCAUCGCCAGGAGAGAUGAGCACCUUUCCAGGAACGGAGAACACGGCGGAGGAGAGGAGCCUCUGUCGAAGCCCGUUUCCUUCGAGGAGGUCGCCGUCUGCUUCUCCAAGGGAGAAUGGUCUCUCUUGGGCCCCAGUCAGAGAGUUUUGUACAAGGAAGUGAUGCAGGAGAAUUAUGAAAAUGUGACCUCUCUCGUUAUCUCGCUCACUGGUUUGGGUCCAAACUCCUGGAUGGAGGAAGAAGAUGAGGCCAUUUUGGGUCUACGCUCUCAACUUUCUGAGAAAGGGAUCAAUCAAGUUGUCAGCAUUGCAGGUGGGAAAAAUGGAAGUAUGGGUCAUUGUGAUUACACAGAGGAGCCCACAACUUCUCAGCGCAAAUCUGACAGACAGAAGGAAGCUGGACAAAAGACCAAAGAAGCGAAAUCCAUUCUUUCUCCCGCUGACCGUCAAAAUACCAGCAAAGUCCUCCUUCACCCAGGAACCGGCAAAGGAAGGAAACCGAAACCAUGUCCCAAAUGCGGGAAGGAAUUUACUCAGAGUCUCCUCCUCCUGAAACACAAGCAGAUGCACCAAAGGACCACGCCCUACCAGUGUUCGGAGUGCGGGAAGGUCUUCAGCCAGCGCGCCCAUCUUACCAAACACAAGAAAGCGCACAAAAAGGAGAAACUGUUCAAGUGCUCCGACUGCGGGAAAACGUUCCAUCGGAGCUCCCAUUUCCAUUCCCACCAACGGACCCACAGAGGGAUCAAACCUUUCAAGUGUUCGGAUUGCGGGAAGAGUUACACCCGGAUGCCCGACCUCCGGAGGCACCAGAAAUCCCACACGGGAGAGAAGUCGCACAAAUGCUCCGACUGCGGGAAGAGCUUCGGCUUGUACUCCUCGCUCGUCAAGCACGAAAGGAUCCACACGGGGGACAAGCCGUACAAGUGCACCCACUGCCCCAAGAGUUUCUGCCAGAGGACCCAUCUCAUUGUGCACAAGAGGACCCACACGAAAGACAGGCCCUUCAAAUGCUCGCGUUGCAAGGCCGGCUUCGUUCAGAAGGCCCACCUGAUCUCGCACCAGAGAUCCCACACGGGGGAAAAACCCUUCUGUUGCCACAGCUGCGGCAAAAGCUUCAAACGCAACUCCACCCGCGUGAAACACGAGAAAAGACACGAGAAGACGAGCGCGGAGCCUUCGCUCCCUCUCAAGGCUUCCCCGUCAACGCUUCCUCUCAACGCCCCGCUUCCUCUCAACGCUCCGCUUCCUGUCAAUGCUCCCCCCGCUCAAAGACCAAGCUGGAGGUCCAGAUUGAGAACCGUGGGAAGACUUGCUUUAGAUACCAUAGAAUCGAGCUACUUGCAGGGCUACCUGCUCCCCUCAACCUCUGCCUGCCCCAUGCAUUCCCAUAUGGACAUGCCCUAUGCUCCAGAUCUCUGCUGA